GCGAGCGAGCGAGUUACGCAAAUGAAAUGCAAUCCUGGCCUGACUUAACAAACAACUUCAAGGACAUUCGCGCGCCACUCACGUGCAGUCUGUGCACCGCCCUAACCUAGACUAUAAAUAACUGGCUGGCUAGCGGCGCUGCCUAGACAACCGAAGGGGUUGGGCAGGCCCAGAGCUGAGCCCAAUAGCCGAGCCGUGCCUGGCACGGAUCAGCGCAGCCCAAUCGACGAGACGCGCCGCGACGCGACGGCUAGCGCGACUUGGAUGUCGAAGGUUUGGGUUCGCCACGGCGCUGUUUCAGUAGCGCGUCAUUUGCUGAGCGCGGCGAUACUUCCGCUUCUCCAGCUGCUAGCCAGGAUGACAACCAGCGAUGAGAUGGGCACCUUCUGCCACGACCACAUUCAACAUCCGCUGAUGUGGUGCGACGAAAAGAAGCGCCUGGUCGAGCGCAAGAAUGCCGAGGAGAGCCUACGGAUGUGGCGUCGUCGCAAGGCCGAGGAAAACGCCCGCAAGGAGAAGGAUAAACAGGAGUACUAUGAUUUGUUUCUGCAGCACUGCCCGUGGGGCAGGCCAGGGGGUGGGGCGCCCAACGUGGAGGUGCGACGCAAGGACAUCACCGCAGCCGGACUGCACUCGACGCCCACGGUGACGACCGCCCAUCGCAUCAACUCGCUGCAGCCUUGUCGCUACAACGACUACUUCACCAUGCAGAAGAAGUGCCACAAGAAUCCACUGGCCGUCUAUCACCAUCACCAUCAUCACCCGCCCGGGGCGGGCGGCCGGCUGACCCACGCCCACUCGAUUCAUCACCUGCAGGAGAGCGGCCCUCGGAGCAGCACUGUGACCAUCUGCGAGCGCGAGCUCCCGCUCAAGCCCGGCGUCAGCCUGGGUCACAAUGCCAACGGUGAGAGUAUUCACAUCGAACUGAAAGAGCACCCCUCAAUGUCGUUUCGCAAUAAAGGGCAUCUGGACAUUGAGCUGCGCUACAAGCCCUCGCCGCCCUGCAAGGGCAAGCCGAUGCUCGACAAGAUUGUGGUGAACAGCGAGAGCGAGCAUCCGCUCCAGGAGAAGCUGGCCAACCAGAAGAAGAAGCUCCAGGCGAAGCUGGAAAAGCCGCCCUGCAAAGAGCCCUGGGGCAAGGCUGGGCCAGGGGGCAAGCCGUGGCGCAGUCCCAAGCAAGUAGGCAACACUUUUAUGAAAUCGCUGGGCUGGACAAAUAAGGAAAUGCUGAAGGAGCUCGACCAGGACAAUCCCGUGACUCCCGCUGAGAAGAACACAUUUCGCAAGUCCAGAGGCAACAAGCCAUCCAAGCCGCAGCGCUGCUGCGAGCUUUGCACCUGCAACUGCCCCGCCAUCAACAGCUCCAAUAGUCCACUGAAGCCAUCCCGAAAGGUCCCAGCGCCACCUGCCUGCGGCCUGCGAUCCCCAGCCAAGGAGUGCAAGCCCCACAAGCCUUGCCCCCAGCUGCCACGAGGCCUCUGCGCGGGCAGCACCACCAACAGCACUUCGCUGGCCACGCCGGACCCCAGUGCGGAGAACGCAGGAGGCGGCGUGGAGCUGGUGCCCUUACUGGCGCGCCGGCGCGGACUACACCGACCCAUCAGCCUCUCCAGCACGGACGUGACUAAGCGGACGCCCUCCCAUGAUAGGAUACAAACGGCCGCGGACAUGCGCUACCUGCACGAUCUGAAUGUGCAAAUAUCGCAGAAGCGGCGCUCGGUCAGCGUCUCGAGGCAGAGAGAGCGCGACCUGUGCAAUCAGCACUUCGACACAUUCGAAACGUUUUGGGGGCGGCCCGGCCACGGGGCGCCCGUUGCCGACAAGGUAAACAAACUGAAACUGGACAAUUUACUGUACGGCGUCCCAGAAACAGCAGCCAACUGAGGCACUCGAUUCGCAUUCGGCUCGUAGUUUGUUCGACGCAAAUAGUUUGCUCUGAAAUCAAUCGAUGCCCCUCCAUUAUCAUUAUCAUUGGCGCCGUCCGUCAGUCAGCGGAAGUUUCGAUGAAACGCUGUAUUGAAAAUGAAAAUUUUGCCAACUUGCCAAGUUCGUAAGUUGACCGAAGUUUUUGCCAUAGUCAGUUGGGUCGGGCGGACACGCGGACAGGCGGACAGGACAGGCGGACACAACAAAUGGCAUUGCCUGUCCCCGGGAACUGUCUAUUGUGUUAGUUUUUAGAAUUUAGUUAGAUUUUAUA